AUGCCCUGGGAACUCUCGAGGCGGCGCAUCUCCCGUGCCGUCAAUAGCAAAUUCAUCUUUGGACGCAUUCCGUUGCUCCAUACCGUCAUCUUCUUCAUCGAGAUGGCUCUCGUCGCGCGCCUCAUGGCGCGUUUCAACAGCUACUACGAGGAGCGACCACUCAUGACCAUGAUGGUCACCAACGCCAUCCUCGGUGGCAUCGCCGACACCGUCGCCCAGACCAUCACGUCGGUCCGCGAGCGCGCCGUGCGCAAGCCCGGGGGCGUCUCCAAGGACGACCGCUUCGCCAUCGAGAUCCACGAGCUCGACCACAAGAACCCCUUCUACGACCGCGACCUGAUCCCGGACUCUAAGAUGGGUCUGCCGCCGCCAUUCGACUUUGAGCGCCUCACGCGCUUCAUGGCCUACGGCUUCUGUGUCGCGCCGCUGCAGUUCAAGUGGUUCCGCUUCCUCGAGCGCGCCUUUCCCAUGACCAAGACGAGCGCCUUUGGGCCCGCCAUGAAGCGCGUCGUCUUUGACCAGCUCAUCUACGCGCCGUUUGGUGUCGGGCUCUUCUUCGUCGCCAUGACGGUGGCCGAGGGCGGCGGCCGCCGGGCCGUGACACACAAGCUGCGCGACAUGUACGUGCCGACGCUCAAGGCCAACUACAUGGUGUGGCCGGCGGUGCAGAUUGUCAACUUUCGCCUCAUGCCGGUGCAGUUCCAGCUGCCCUUUGUGUCGACCAUUGGUAUCGCCUGGACGGCCUACCUGUCCCUGACCAACGCCUCGGACUAA